AUGAAGCGAGAUGAAGCGGAGGGGCAGGUCAACACUGCAGCAAGCGACAGCGGACACCACGAACCUCUCGUGCCUGACGGAGGAGGGGCUGUUUCAGGUCCUGGCCUGCCUCAGGGAGGUCCACAGACAGAGACCGUCCAAGCGACGGCCGAGUUGAUGGUACAGGGCGGCAGCGAUGGCGUCGGCUGUGGGAGGUCGAUCGCCAGGCGUGACAAUAACGAGACAAGCGACAGCAUCGAAAUCGGCAACAACGACAACAACAACAACAGGGACGUAGGCAACGGCAGUGGUAUCUCACCGACUGACUGGGGUCCCCACCAGCAGCAGCAAGGGGACCACCGGCAGCACUCGCUUCGUCGCGAGACGACCGGCCAAGACCAUGGCGGCGGCGGCGGCGGCGCUACGAGAGGCUACCUUGAGCGGAGGAGUACAAGUACCGCUGCUACUAGAGAACCUACCGUCACCAUGUCUCCUGUCGAACCGUUCCACAUGGCGGCGGUAGGGGGGCAUCAGCACGUGGGGAUGAUGACGAUGCAAGACGGACGGCAUGUCGGGAGAGAUACUGCCGGCAGCGGUAACGUCUAUAGAGCAGGCGGGGCAUCUCGUGGCGGGAGCGGCACGGGGGGGAGUGGAGGAGGGGUGGAGGGGUCGCGGCGAGGCCUUGUACCCGCCCCACAGCGGAGAAGGCCUCCCUCCACUGCUACCGCGACGUAUACGUGGGGCGUGGAGCCGCGGAAGGGCGGAGUGCGGGAAAAGCUCACGGCGACCAUCGAUGCGGCAGACAUGGCUAAGGUGUGGUCGAACGGGGACGUGGUGAUAAACACCGCCGGGAAGGGCAUCACGCCGGCGACCAAAGUGAUCCUAAAUCUCGUGCUGGGUGUCUUCAAGGUGGAGAUCGCGGAAAGCGAGAGCAAAAGCGGCGGCGACGAGAGGAAGCCCAAGACGUGGCACAUCGAGCACAAGAGCGGAUACAAGCAGGCCUUCUCGGAAAACAUGAACAUGUCCCUGUUUCCCAACCGGGAUUGGUCCUACAUGAAGACGAGGCUGAAGCGGCUACCGACGAAGAUAUUUCUCCCCAAGGAGCAGCAUUUCUUGGCGCCUCCCGCGGACGGAGAUUAUGUCGACGAGGAGCAGGAAGAAGCCGGGCAGCAGCGGCGGCGGCGGCAGCCGGAUCUCUUGCCAGCUGCCGCACGCCCCAGCCAACGGCAGCGGCGCGAGCCACCGCCGGCCAGCAACGGCUAUUUUCACCACGACGAAAACGUCGGUAGCGCCGCUUCCCGUGUCAACGACAACGAUCGUCCGUCGUGGCCCGGCGAUGAACCAAGCAGACCGGCGCUCGGACACGGAAGCGAGCAAGACGGCGCCGGUGAACCGCUCCCACCGCCUCCGGCAGGGGUCGGCGGAAACGGCGAUGCCGUGCCCUCGGCGGCGUUCGCCGCGGCAGCGCUGAAAGAAGGAGUCCCGCCGCACCUGAUCCAGAGGCUCAUGAGGGCCGUGGGCGCUUCGGGCGCCGCGGCCGCAGCGGCCAUGCCGGACGAUGGGGGGGACGCUGUCGUGGAAGACCUUUUCGCGGCUGCGGGGGGCGGGCGGGGCCGGGUGGUCGGCCGGAGGGUGUCUCCGGUAGGCGAAGAGUUUAGCAGCAACGGGGUCGGCCAUGGUGGCGACGGCGGCCCUGGGGGCCCCGAGCGGGGGGGGGCGGGGGGAGGGGGGUCGAGCGCCGUGUGGUCGUCGACGUUGCCGCCUUCGUGGAGCCAGCAGCCACCCGUUCCGGUGGUAUCCGAGGCGGUGAUGUCGCCUCCUCGAGGCGGGUACCCCCACGGCGAUGAGGGGGCCUGCGGUGAGUGGGAGGGGGGGGUCGGCGGCGCAGGCGCCGGCGCCGGCGGCAGGCGGAGAAGCAGGAGCCGAGGCGGGGGCGAGGAAGAACGGGGACGGUUUUCUUCGGUGCCUGCCCACGCCGAGGUGUGGAUGCCGUGGAAACCCGGGGACGAUUCUCUGAGCCCCCCUCCCCGAAGCAACCAGGGGCGGGACGAUUUCCGUCGCUUCGGACGAGAUCAUCAUGGAGGCAGAAGCGGGAGAACAGGGGGCCGGGAGGAGGUAGAUCGACGGUGGGACGAUGGCCGGGGGUGGGCUGGCAGGCGGGGGGAUGAUGCGCCGCAGAGGGCGAUCGUCAACGAUCACCGACAUAAAAACGGCGGCCGCGGCGGUGGUGGCGGCUUUCACGGCCAUGGGGGCUCCCAAGGCAACGCUGGUGGUGGCGGCGGCGGCAACAGGCGCAGCGACCAACGGUACGUCCCGCAAGCAUCAUCACUGCCAUCAUCGUACACGCGGUCCCCGCGGCGAAGCACGGCUCCUUCGCCGCCCUCUCGCCGGGGCGGGCGGCCCGGGACAGACGGAGAAGAACGCCGACGGCGAGGGUUUCCGGGUGACGCGGAGGCGCCGCGGCGGCAGGAUGACGAUGGCCGGAGGCAGCGGCGACGACGGCGGCGAGAUAGCAGUGACUACGAGACGGAGAGGAGGCAAGGGGGCGGGGAUCGCAACGGCGCUGACCGCGGCGAGAGCGAGGACAGCCCGGGUGGGACUGGGCUGUCUGUUGGUGGCGACGGGCUGGAGCGGCGGGACUCUUCCUACGACCCCGACCAGUUCGACCCCAACGCGUACGACCCGGGAGAGGUUACCGUUAAGCGGGACGCGGUGACCGGGAAGCCGAAGUUGACGCCGGCGGCGGCGAAGCAGCUGGUAGACGCCGUGAGAAAGGCGGAGGGAAGGAGUGCCAGCGCUAGUAGGAGCAGCUCGAGCAACACCAGCCGUAGCAGCGACAGCCUUACUCGUGACGACGGCAGCAGGCGCAGACGCCGGCGGGACACGCUCUCGCGGAGCCGGAGCCGGAGCCGGAGCCGGAGCCGCUCGCAGGCAGCCGUUGGUAGGCGCACGUCUGGGGACUCGAAACGGGGGAGGGGGGCGUCCGGGGCAGGGGCCGGCCGCGAAGCUUCUGACCGUAGGCGGGAUAGCGGCGAUUCAGGAGCGAAGCCUCGAUCGGACGAGGGCUGA